AUGGCGGAGAUGGAAAUUGAAUCUGACAACAUGACCUCAAACAUCAGCCUCGAAAAAUCCAUGAACAUAACGUUUUUCCCCUACUACCAACAUUCACUAUCUGUUGCUACAAGCUAUAUUCUGGCAUAUCUCUUCAUCUUCUUGCUGUGUAUGGUUGGAAACAUUAUGGUGUGCCUGACUGUGCUUGGAAGCCGUCAUAUGCGCACGGUCACGAACCUCUUCAUCUUAAACCUGGCUGUCAGUGACCUCCUGGUCGGUAUCUUCUGCAUCCCAACAACGCUUGUGGACAAUCUCAUCACAGCCGGUUGGCCAUUUUCCAACGUCGUGUGCAAGAUGAGUGGUUUUGUGCAGGGUGUGUCUGUGUCUGCAUCAGUCUUCACCUUGGUGGCAAUAGCUGUCGAAAGGUUUCGCUGCAUUGUGUAUUUGCACAACAAGUCAACCAAAGUCACUGCCAAAGCCGCCAUUGCUUUUAUCUGGGUACUAGCAAUGGCAAUCAUGUGUCCUGCAGCAGUUGCGUUGACUGUGGAGGAGGUUCCUUUUCACUACAUGGUCUACAAUGAUGACUUUAACCACACAUUGGUACUCUACACUUGCUAUGAAGACUUUGCCAACCCAAAGAUGACAAAGUUUUAUACUGCAAUUCUUUUUGCUCUCAUCUACCUAGUUCCAUUGAUGGUAAUCACACUCAUGUAUGGUACCAUUGGUGCCAAACUAUGCUCAUCUGUGCUUGCAAAAAGAAAGCCUCAGGAGGUCAACAUCCAAGUCAGGGGUAGGAGACAUGGGAAGCCAGUCUCCUCGCAGAAAAAGAUUCAUGCGAUUAAAAUGCUUUUUCUUGUGACUUUGCUUUUUAUGUUGUCAUGGUUGCCCCUCUGGACCGUCAUGAUGAUGACAGACUAUGGGGGCUUGAACAAAGACCAACUGGAUUUACUGAUCAUCUACAUCUUCCCUUUUGCUCAUUGGCUGGCUUUCGCUAAUUCUAGUAUCAACCCCAUAAUCUACGGCUACUAUAAUGAGAACUUUAAAAGAGCAUUCCAAGCAGUGUCCUUUUCCAGGGCUUUCUCCCAUCUCGCACGGUGUCGCAUGUGGAGGAGGAUUACCGUACAAAUUGCAGAAAUAGCAGUGGCAAUAACAGCCAGCAGACAUUUGGAUUGA